UGUAGGAUCACAAAAGUCGAGGUUAUCAAACGCUUAGAUAUUCCAUUAUUAGUGGGAGUUCUCUGUGUUCUUUUGCGGUGUAACAUCUACUUUGAGCAUUUGUAAUUUUCUGUUUGGGACAAAAUAGUUUUGAACGCUGUAUCUUUAAAAAAGUUUAAACUCAUGCAUAACAAAUGUGAUGAAUAAUUUGGCAGGUUUCAUUGAAGUAUAUGAAUACAUGACGUGCGAGUAAACAUGAAAUAGUGCUGAAACAACUAUUCAUUAUAAAAGUUACUUUGUUCAGAGCUAGGAUGACAUGGUUAUAAACAGCAGGGACCCUUUAGAAGUUCGAAUUUCUUAAUCCUGACAAUUGCGAAAAGAUCAUGGAUGCUAGAACAGGUUCCAUUGAAGGAGAAUCCACUCCAUUGCUAUUUUCAACACGGCCCAAGAAACCAGCCUUAUGCAUACAGCUAAGUUCCGUGUUGGUUGCAUGCAUUGGCUCAGUGUCUGUAGGGUUGGUGCUUGGCUAUUCCUCUCCGGCACUGAUUGAAUUGAAGACAGAAUUGACCGCGGAUCAGGCCUCUUGGUUUGGGUCUUUGCCUACGCUUGGUGCUUUAGCUGGUGGACCGAUUGGAGGAUUUAUGCUUGAUUUAGUUGGGAGGCGCACGGGGAUAGCAUUCGCGUCGGUCCCUCUAGUUGCAGGCUGGUUGCUGAUUGUGUAUUCCCAGGGUUAUCUCUGGCUGUACGCUGGGCGUAUACUCACUGGAAUAGGCAUGGGAAUGGUAUCACUAAGCGUGCCAGUCUAUAUAGGAGAGGUUGCAUCUAAGGAAUACAGGGGUGUGCUUGGAGCGUUGAAUCAGCUUGGAGUGGUAAUCGGAGUCCAGAUUGUGUACGCAUUGGCAUUUAUUGUACAUUGGCGAUGGAUGGCUUUUGUAUGUGCAUCGUUGGCGACAUGUAUGUUACUUGGAAUAAUUUUUGUACCCGACUCACCAAGAUGGUUACUCAAGCAUAAAUACCAUGGCGAAGCUGUUUCAUCUUUGAAUAAACUUCGUGGGGAUAAAUAUGAUAUUGAAGGCGAGCUAUUAGAAAUGGAGGCCAAUCU